CAUCGUUGUUAUUUGGUGGCAUGCAUUGAUACCGCUUGAUGUCGAAUGCCUUCGUCAGAAACAAAAGGAAUCGAAGUCAGUAACGCAUGGAUUUGAAAAUUCCUCGAUUGCUUUCGGACUGUUGUUUCCAUCGAAUUUCGAAGUGAAAAAAGUAGCCAGCCGUUGAACGUGGUGCAUUGCGCACCAGAGGAGGAUUGACGGAACAGGUAUUCUGCCAAGGAAAAAGCCAAUUCUUGCCUUUGGAACACUCACAACAAUAACCCCAGGUGAACGAAAUGGUUGCCCUGCAGGAAAGAUUUCCGUUGCUGCUCUACAUCGGCUUGUCUUUCUGCUUUGUCAAAGGAUUCGUCGUGCGGUAUAACCCAUCAGCAACUUCGUCAUCUCCCCACACAAAUCUACAUCCCGUUCCCAGUUAUUCUCAGCGCAAUGUCGGGAAUCGGUAUUAUUUAUCCUCGCAAACCACGCCGGAAGUUGGAAAAACCUCGCUCUCUCCCGAGGAGGAGAUCGGUGCUCUCGGUGCUUCUGCAAAGAUCAGAAAAAUGGCAUUUGGUUUGUGUACAAUGCUCUUGGAAAAAGUUGUGACCAAAGCCAUUGUUGAAGAUAAAGAUGGCUCUGAAAGCAAAAUUAAUCUCGAUGCCAUGCAGAGACUUGUCAGUGCUCUCGAAAUGACCAAAGAAAGCGAUUCAAAGGUACCAUCAACCUCAUCCUUAUCUCUCACCGAAUCCCAGAAUGCUGAAAAUCAAAUUGGAGUUGAAUCAGAGGAAACGGAAACGAAUUCGAGUCUUCCGAUGAAUGAUUCCGUCGAGUCGGCCCCAACGGCAUCAAAUGCUGUUUGGAAUUUUCCAGCACUCGAAAUCAUUGAAUCGAAUCUCGAACCCCUUCGACCGUCUUCCGUCCCUAAAAGGAUGAAGGAGAUCUCAGAACAGAAAAAGAUAAAACAACAACAGGCCUCUGGUGUUGAGGAUCUUCCAUUAGUGCCUGAAUCUACUGUAUAUAUGAAGGACAAUUCGGUAUACACAUGGAAUAAAAAACCAUCUGACUUAAUUUUUGACUCAAAUGAAGCAUGGGAUUUGGAGUCCAUCCUAACAUCUGUCGUUGAAGAGGAAGAGGUUCUGAUGAACCAAAAAAAUAGCGAUGUAGCCCAAAUACAAAGCAAAGUGAUUGGAAUCGAAAAGUAUCCUGCAGCUACAACUUCCACUAACACAUUCGAUGAUACGCAGAACGAUGUCCAAGAUCACCUACUUAACUUACAAGAAGAACAAAAAUCGCAAGAAUUGUUUCGUAGAAAACUUUUGCAAAAGAGGCUCGAGUUGGAGCACAAGACACAAAGCAGAAUAAUGGAAGAAAGCAAAGAGCAUAUCACGGCGCCACAGCAAGUAAAAGCAGAGGGAUCUGUAGAUACUUUGAUAGAAGCUGUAUUGCACACAUCGGAGCAAUCCUUUCGAAGACAGCUUUUAAGGGCAAAAUUGGACAUUGAUGCACGGGCCGAAAGAAUUCAAAGAGAAAGAAGCAAGGAGCAAUUGCACAGGAGUCUGUUGAAAACAAAAUUGAAGCUUGAGUUACAAUCCCAAAAAAUGUCAAGACAGAUGUCUAGUGAAAUCUUUCAGAGGAGGCUCUUGAAAGCAAGACUUGAGAUCGAUGCACGCUCAAAGAUGAUUCAGGCCGAAGAGAGGAUUGUGUCGAACGCCGAACCAAAGACAACGGGAUUGAAAGAAGUUCCUUUUGGUUUGGUCGAAACGAAAAUAAGCGAAGAAUUGUUCCACAGAAGCCUUUUGCGAGAACGACUUGAGCAGGAUUUGCUGAAUAAAGCGAAGAAGGAAGAGAAAGCGAACGAAAAUCAACCUUCCCGAUUGAAAGCUGCGGGAGAGGCCAGCCCUCCUUCUGUUGUAUCUGAAGAUCGGAAAUCGAAAAAGCUGUAUCACAAAAGGCUUUCAACGACACAAAUAGAGGAUACCGAAAAGGGUGAUAGUGUCAAAUUAAAAAACCAAAAAGACCCCACCAGCGAACGAAUUCCAGAUUCGGUUUCCACAGGUGUAAUCGACUGUGUGAACACCGAUUGCAAGGUCGACAAUGAUUCUGAAGAUGAACCAAACUGCAGCGUGAAGGGUUGGGUUUCGUCCCUCCCAACGACCAGUCAGGAACGAUAUGCGAGGGAAGCAAAAGUGUCGCAUUCGUUUGUGCAAAGCGAAUUCAAGCCUGCAUGGUGGUCCAAGAACGAUCAUUUUCAAACGAUCAUCGGGACACUCUUUCGAAAAGAAACCAUGUACAGUCGAGGUGAUCAAGAUAUGAGCACUUUGCUAAGAUUGGCCGGCUUUGAUGGAGAGGCUACCUCGGACGAUUUGUCUGUGAGCCAGAAGCUCGAUGAAUUCCAAUGGGACAGACGAACCCGAGUGGAAACGAAUGAUGGCGAUUUGUUUGUCGUGGAUUGGAGGGAUGCCGAUGUCCCCGAUGAGGAAAUCAGCGGUAAAAACGACGAAAAUCCAAUCUGUUUGAUAUGCCAUGGAUUGGAAAGUUGCUCCGACUCUGAAAUUGCUAGGGAAUUGGCAAUAGCUUGUAACGAGAAGAACAUCGACGCAGCUUGCAUCAAUUUCCGAGGUUGCGCCGAUGGUGGUGAAGAAUGCAGUUUGACUGCAAGAGCUUACCACUUGGGCUUUACGGACGACCUGAUGCAUCAAAUCAAUGAGAUCAACUCGAAGCAUCCCACCAAGCGCAUUUAUCUCAGCGGAUUUUCACUCGGAGCCGGAGUUGUCACGAAGCUUUUGGCAGACCUGGGAGAGGAUGCCUAUCGGUACAACAUCUGCGGUGCUGCAGUGAAUGCAGUUCCGUUUGAUACUAGGCAGUACCACACCAAUUUGAACGAAGCUGGAUUCACGAAGACCAUAUACGGAGACCGUUUGCUGGCAUCGAUGCAACGGCGUUCGAAGCAACAAUUCGACGCCUGUCCCGGGAUUUUUCCGUUUGAGCGCUCUGAGAUUGACAAAUGCAAAACGAUCAUGGACUUAGAAAAUCUUUUGAUUGCCCCUAUCUUUGGUUUUGACGACGCCAUGGACUACUACGACAAAGUGAAGACAAUCGACAAGCUUCACAAUGUGUGUGUUCCAGAGUUGGUCGUCCAGGCCCGAGAUGAUCCUUUUUUUGCAGGAUUAGAGUUGCCGGCCAAUGAUCCGAACACACCUCUAAGAAUCCAGUACACCGACGAAGGAGGCCAUUGCGGAUUCAUCUUCCACCAAUUGGACGCAAACGAAGAGAGGCCGAGUACUUCGUGGAUGCCCACGCAGCUGGCACGAUUCUUGGCCCAUUUGGAAGAAAAUCGUGAACCUUCGGCCGAUAUUCCCCCGGCAGUGCGACAUGAAGGCAAUCCAAUUGAAAUCGAAGAUGAUGUCUUUGCGGUUGCGUCAAAUGCUUAAAUAAUCUAUUGCAAAAAUAUCCUUCGGAUUCUCGUAGUUUGACACAAAGUUCGAUGAUAAAAGCUAGUAAUAGAAGGGCAGAGACCUU